AUGCCAAAUAAUGCUUUGGAUAAAUCGACGGAUUACAUAAAUCGGAUUACUAAUGAAUUUCGCUUUCUCGAUGAUCGCGUAUUGCAAACACCACCAGAGCCAUCUUGGUUACCUUAUCCUAUUACUGAAUUUGCUGAUCGAACCGAAGCUCGUGGUCGUUUAUCAAAGAGUGAAAGAGAUGUAGCUGUGAAAAAUUGUGAAAAUUUGGCCGAUGGAAGUAAGAAUAAUUUAUUGCAUCGAAUCGACUAUGUAGGAUCACUUGAACAAUAUUUUAUUGUUAUCAUUAUUGGAAUAGAAAUAAGUGCUGCUUUUGGCCUACUCGUCUACGGUAUUAUAAGAUUUGGCAAGAUUUACGAGUUCCCAAAUGUUUUUGUGGAUUUUGAUUUCCUAGCGAAAAAUUUAUCUUCUCUUCCAAUAGAGAAUGUUUCAUCAGUGCGGAGUGCUUCGUCAUGUAUCGUGCCUGCAAUCAUUCAAAUGUUUUCUGCCCUUUAUAGCUUUUGCGUCUAUCUUUUGGCUAAUGUUGACGAAAACUCUAUUAUUGGCCACUUCAUUGGUAUUUCUACGGUGGUUGUUGGUUUCCAUUUUAUCAAAGUCUUUUCAUCAAUUUGUAUUCCAUUUUGGUUUGAUGCAAUUUUUGCAAAUUCCUAUGAGCUUAAUCUUCGUUAUGUUCAGUUAACUGAAGAUAAUAUACGGCAUAAAGUCGAUUCUUCAAUGAUUCUUUAUGGACUUAAAGAAUUUACCAUUUCAUUAUAUAUUCUUAUUGUUUCUUUCGCUGACUUUGUGAUCGCUUUGACAACUGAGAGGAAAUUUCAUAUUGUUUCAGUACUCAUUUACAGCAUAUGCUUGCUAAUAUUGCUGAUCCAUUUGGUAACUGGUUAUCGCCUAUUUGCUGUUGCGCAAAAUUAUCGAAUAUUGAGAAUACUUAAUGAAACUGAUGCACCUUUUAGUGCUUCGAUGUAA